GAUAUUUUUGUGAAUCCCUAUAAAUGACUUUGAUAUUUUAGGACCAAAAUAUCUGACCCCCUUUUUUAAUAUUGUUUUACUGACAAUGUGACCUUAGCCGUGAUGAGCCCACAUGUUGUCCCACUGACACGUGUAAAAGCGGCGACAGCUGGCAUCUCCUUUCUCCCUUUUCUCAAGUGAAAUGGAACCCCCCCAACUCAAGAAAAUCAACAAAGGCCAUAGCCCAGAACCCAACACUGUUUCUUGAAAUAUUAUAACUUGUAUCAAAUUUUCUAGAAUUUCGGGUUAUGGAAGAUUCGGUGGAUUUGUAUGGGGUGGGUGCAAGAAACUGUCAUGAUGAGCAGGAAGAGACUUCGAGUUUGGUGCAAGCUCCGGCAGCAGAGACAGAGCCCACAGAGUGGACAGAUGAGAAGCAUAGCUUGUAUCUGAAAUCUAUGGAAGCUACAUUCGUCAACCAGUUGUACAAAUCGUUAGAUUUGUUUGCUCGGCAGUCUGAGAAAAAUGGCUCGUCGGGAUCAAAAUCAUCCAAGCCAAAGCAGACUAGCAUUCGUGCUCCUUCUGGCCAGUUUAAGGUUCUUCGUGAUGGCUGCUGGUCUAAGAUCGACUUCAAGAGAGAUGAAGCAGAAGUUAACCAGGAAGAGGAGUCUGGAAUUCUUUUGGCAAAUCCAUGGAUCCAGCACUAUAGACAUUCAGAGAAACAAGAUAACAGAACAUUUCCAGCUUCCUGUUCAAAAGCUCCUUUAGCAACUACCGUAAAUCAAUGUUCUGCACAGAACUUCCAAUUAUGGCGUCAAGAUUCUGUAGGAAGCAAUACAGAUCAGAACUUUAAUGAUGAUGAUCUCGAAGAAGAGAAUUGCAGGAGGAUAUAUGAAAUAAAGAGGAGGAAAACUUCAACUGACACAGUUCCAAGCAAUGAUCAGGUUGUCCCUUUUGAAAACAUCGUACAAGCCAAUGAUGUUGUUGAAGAUCGUACACAUCCUUAAGAUUAGGGUCCACUGUAUCUCGUAUAAACUAUGGUCUCUGAUGUAAACAGGAGAUGCUGAGUCAUAUUGAUUUGAAACACUAUGACUUUGUAACUUUAUAUCAAAUGCUGAGGAGAGCUGCCGGAGGGUUCAGGUGGAACAACCUUUUCAGCAUUACAGCAGACGUAGAAAGGGAUAAUGCUGGAAACCCGUCCUACAACUUCCCUAAUCAACCAAGCGGAAGGAACAAAAUUUUGAUAACUCUCCGUAACUGCAGAAUCUGGUCCGGUGCUCGAUUCGGAAAAGAUAAUUUUGGCAGGUUUUCAUGUUUUUGGAGCUCUACUUGUAGCCGACAAUAGUUUGACUACGAGCACGGGGAGCACCUUGGUCAUAACUGUUGUGUUAACUUCCUUAACAUGAUAAUGUUUUGGUGAAUUCUGUACAGCAGGUAUUCGUCUUGAGUUCUUCUGUUUCUGUCCUGGUGGGAAUUGGGAGUGAAACACAAGAUGAUAAAUGAAUUGAAACAGGGAAUUAUUGUGU